UGAUAAUUGUAUAUAAGUUUAUUCUCUUUAUUCUUUGUUUUAAUUGCUUUUUAUUAAUAAACGAUCGGAAGGAAAAGAGAAACAAACAAACAAAAAAAAAGAUUGCGAUAGUGAAGUCUUUAAAACAAUGCAGCAAAGCGUGAAAAAAAAUCUACGGCAUAUUAAUUUUAUGGUAAUUUAUUUUUUAGGUGAUAAUGAAAUUUUUUGAAAUUAGUCGAAAUUAUUAAGAAGAGGGAGGGGAGCGUGAGGGAAUGGGCAACUAAAAGAUAUACAGUAAUUGCAACAGCUGUUCAAAAAAAGAAAACAACAAUGUAUUCAUUUUAAAUGUGAAGAAAGGGGUGGAAAUAACGAGGAAAAUUUACCAAUUUAGAAGAAGCAGGCAAAACAAAGCAGUAUAUGAAAAAAAGCACAAAGCAUUAAAGGAAGUGAAAAUAGAAGGUGUUAGAGAAAAUUAAGAGAAAGAGCGUGAGAGAAAAAAUAUUACAGUAUCUAAUUGAAUAGAUCUAAUUACAAAUGAUUUUUUUCUCUCCUUAGAGCUCUGUUAUUUGCAAUGUCAACACAAACCUCCAAAGUCAAAUGUUGAAGAGCCUCUGUCCUGUGACUUCCAAAGUAUAUAUUUGUUAUGUCUGUGAAGCAAUUUUUUUUCUGUUUUGAAGAAGAAGUAAAACAAGAGCAUAAAAUGAGCAUUAGAAAUUCUUCUAUAAGUCACGUUGAUUUUGCACAAAUAUUUCUCAUAUUUGUAUUGCUAUUUGUAAAGGGAUUUUUAUCCAAACAGAAAAAGAAGGAGAAUGCUGUCUUUUAUUUGAUGCGUCACAUUUUCUAUUGUCCACUUUCUCCUGAGUGACCAUUUUCCUUUCACAAAAGGAACUAUACUUAUAGUAAUAACAAGAGAGAAAAAUUUAGAGGGAAAAUUAGCAGCGAUAGAAGCGAUGGAGAGAAACAUGUGAAAGAAAUCUGUAAAGCAGAAAAAUAUAGCCAAUAUACAUUUAAAGAAGAAGAAGAAAAAAGAUGAAAACAAAGUAAUUGGGAGAAAAUUGAUAAAUGAAUGAAGAAAUUUAGGUAAAACUAAUAAUAAAAUUAUAUUUGUGUGUAAAUACAUAAUUCUAUUAUAAAUAAAUAUAUACAUAACAUAAUGGCAACAAAAGGUGGAUUUAAAAUAUUAAAUUAAUUAUAGAAUAAAAAGAACAGUAAAAAGGACAGACAGAAGAAUAUUGAGAAAUAGUCAUUAAAGCAGCAAAAAUCAGUUUCAACUUUAGAGAAUGAAUUGAAAAAGAAAAAAAAACACAGUUUAGUGAAAUGGAACAAUGUUUAUUUGAUGGAACGCAAAGUGAAGAAAAUGUAACACAACACAAUGACGAAGAAAAGGAGUGUAAACAGUUUUAUUAAUAAAUAUAUAAAUAUAUAUUGAUUGUGAUAGUGGCAUAUAAACAUAAUUAAUACAUAAUUCUUUUUUUUUAAAUUAGUAAUGGAAAUGGAAAAGUUUUAAAUAUGAGCGACCAUAGAAAAUUUUCAUUCAUGCUUUAUUUGUAUAUUUAUACGUUGUAAAGUGAAGAUGUUUUUAUUUUAUAUAUUUUGCAAGUUUUUACAGCAAACCAUCCAUACAAAAAUUUACAUUAUUGAAUGAAUUUUUGACGUUAUACUGUAUGACUUUCUUUUUAGUUUGGUACAAAUGUAAAAAAAAGAAGAAACUUGUUUGGGUGUUUUUACAGUUUUAAAUGCAAGUGCAUAAAUUUGACAUGAGACAGCAUAAAAGAAUUUAUCUUUGUAGGGAGAAGGAAAUUUAGAGGGAAAUCAUUGCGAAAUUACCUGCAGCAAAUCGUGAGAGUGUUCAGAAAUUAUCGCACAAGUUCAUAAGUUUGUCUUCUCUGAUUGCUUGUCAGUGAUUCCAGUAGCAAAAGAAAGUUUUAAGACAGCAAAUUUUCGAAGCCGUCAAAUCAUUUGAAGAAUCAAAAAUUUUAUCAUGACAUAUUUGUAAUUGCUUUUAAAAAUAGAACAACAAAAUUAUGCACAGAUUCCAUGCAUUUUCUAAAUUUUCUUCUCUCUUAGAGUGUCUUUUUCCGAUGUGAAAAAAGGAAAUUGUUGACAAAGACGAGUGUCAGACGAAAGUUGUUUUUUGUUUUGUUAAAGGUUUUUUUUUAUCUCUCUUUUUGAAUUUGUAGAAUGAAUUUUACAUCUACUAGAUCCACAAUGUUAAAUAAAAUAUUGAUUUUUUAUGCGUAUCAAAUAUAUUUCUUCAUUGGAAAAUGUGUUAGAGAAUCUCUGAAUGUUAUAUAGAAAAUCAGCCAGAAAAAUAUAAAUGUAUAUUUAAAGAAGUCCUUCAAAGUGAUCUUCAAACUGUGCGCAUAAGAAAUUGUUGGAAAAAAAAUAUAUAGAGCAAGAGGAAUUAUUUAAUGAGAAAACUUUCAAUGCAAUUUUUAAUGUCUAUGCAGAAUAGAGAAAUAAAAAAAAUAAUAGAAGAUAUGUUAAAGAGAAUUAAACGUGUGGAAGAUCACUUGAGGAUGCCAGUAGAUAACGUUGCUAAGAGACAAAGAAAGACAUGAAAUAUACUUCUUAAAAAUAAGUCCACUUCUCGAAAAUUGAAAUACAACCACAUACAUUUAUUUUUAAUAAACAGUGAAAAACUGAAAUUGCACACGAGUCUUGAGAUACAAUUAAAGAGAAUCACAUUUGUUUUCUCACCUCAUAACAUUUUUGAAGGAGUAGAGAAAAGAGGAUCAUAAAUAGCAUAUUUUUGAACGAAGCCCUUGCUAAUCUUUACACAAUUUUCACUGAAGGAAGAAAGGAAAUAACAUAAAGAACAUUCUGUUGUUUAAAACAUUAAGGAAGGUGGGAAAUUAGUUUUAAAAGAAGAAAAUAUAGAGAGUAAAAGAAAAUGAAUUAUCGAACGACUAAAUGUAAAUUAUACCUUGUAGUGAGAAAGUGAGACAAAAUGAGGGAAUGGCACAUAUAUUUCAGAGCUAAUUUAUUUUCUACUAUGAAUAAAGGGAGGAGGAAAAAAAAAUGGUGGGUGAAGAAAAAAACUAUUGAGGAGGAAAAUAUCAAUUUUUAUCCCAUGAGAUAAAGUGCAGGAGAAGAUGAUGAAAAAAAAUGAGAGACAAUGCUAAAGAAUGAACAGAGAAAACUCAUAACAUUUCACACAGAGCUUUUAAUUCCUACUAAUGCAAUUUCUAACACAUCCAUAAUAACUGUAUUGUAUAAAAAAAAGAGAAGGAAUAUUGUGAGAAGAAAUAGCAUAAAAUUAAAUAAAGAAAAUUAUAGAACAUUUUUUGUCUCUUUGUUUCAUGAACGAUGAGAACAAUCACAAAGAAAAUGCGUUUUUAAUUGCAUAAGAGAAAAAGAAAAGAGAAUUAAGAGUAAAAAUCCAUUGACUUUUUAACAAUGAGACAUUGGUUUUGAAUGAAAAUAAUAAAAAAAACGAAAGUUUCCAAUACAAUUUAAGGAAGAAGAAAAUGAUAAUGUUUCUGAUUUUACCUCUCAUUACCAGAGAAAAUGAAGAAAAAAAACAUUGAAAAUGUGGCGCAGUGAGAAAAAAUAUUUGGAUGACGAAUAACUGCAGAUGUAGAAAUGCAAAUAAAGAAAAAAAGAACAUUGGUAAAGAUUUUUUCCUUUGAACCAGAUUUUAGUCAGACACACAGUCAAAAUGAGAAGAUGAUGAAUAAACAGAUUUCUGGUAAUAAUAAAAGAAUUAUAUAAUUAUUAAAAGAAAAAUAUUAUUGUAAUAAUCUUAGAGAAAAUGUAUUUAAAAUAAAAACAAAAAAUAUUUAUAUUAAAAGCUCUUUGACAUUUCAUUUGAUCGGAUAAACGUCGCUGCAAACUUCUAGAAGAGAUUUGUUUUUUUUUUUAAGUCAAACACGUAAAUCUUCCCUUCUAGUGCGAUGAAUAAAGUGAUGAAUUUACUAUUAGCGAUUACGAAAAAAGUGAAUAAUAUUGUGAGAUAAAAUAUUACAGAUAAUAUUUUUAUCUGCAGCACUGCUUUCUCCACUUUAUCGACUUUAUCGCAUUAACUCAGCUGAUUGUUUCGGGCUGAGUGGAUUUUUCUGCUUUUGAACUACUGAUAGAGUGUCGCGAUAUGAGGUGAAAUCAUCAAUAUUCCAGCGCUCUUCUAAUUCAUUCAAAAACAUUUCGCGCGCUGUGAGCUUUUUCCGGAAGGCGCACACUUCUCAGUGUUUCCGCCAGAGGCGCGGCGCGCAGUGCUGUCAAAGUGAUAAAGGAACUUUUUGUCUGCUGGUGUUUUUCAGUGAAAUUGUUGAAUUUGGUCGUGAUCAAAGUGCUGCUGAGUGUCUUAUCAAGGUGGACCGAUUAAAUGUGGUGGAAAUGAACAACCUCUCAUCGCCGGAGGAUGAAAACAGCUGCUGCGAGAGCGACAGUCAGCUGGUGCGCAAAGGCAAGCGUCGGGGGCGCUUGCAGCGCGACCCGUCCGGGAGCACGUCCAGCAGUGGCGUGGAAAAUGUGCCCGGCGUGCCGCUGGUGAGUGUGGACGGGGGCCACAUCGAGCGCCCCGUGGGCUCCACGCCAAUGGCGUCGUACAACGAGGAGCGGAUGCGGCGGAAGCUGCAGUUCUUCUUCAUGAACCCCAUCGAGAAGUGGCAGGCGCGGAGGCGCUUCCCCUACAAGUUCUUCGUGCAGGUGGUCAAGAUACUCCUCGUGACGAUCCAGCUGUGCCUCUUCGCACAUUCCAGGUACAAUCAUAUCAACUACACGUGGGACAACCGCGUGACGUUCUCGCAUCUCUUCCUCAACGGCUGGGACGAGUCCAGGGAAGUGGAAUCUUAUCCGCCGAGCGUCGGACCGCUCGCGCUGUACGUGCAGAGUGACUUCUUCCAGACGAUCGACUACGCUAUCGAGGGCUACCAGAACCUGAGCCAGGCCAUCGGGCCCUACUCCUAUCCCAAUGAGGACAACACGAUGGCGCCGAUGCACCUGUGCCUGUAUCGCUACAAGGAGGGCACAAUCUUCGGCUUCAACGAGAGCUACAUCUUCAACUCGGAGAUCGACACGCUGUGCCUGAAUCUCACGGGCAACGUCACGGACAUCGGCAGCGAAGCGUAUCUGGCGAGCAAGGAUGUCGUGGUGAGCUUCUCGGCGCUGGUAAAGGCCACGCUGGAGAUGUCCGUGAAGACGGUGAACUUCAAGGCGGCGGGCCCCAUUGCGCCGCCUGAUUGUUAUCAAUUCAACAUCCAGAUUUUGUUCGACAAUCGCGAUCACGACGGCCAGAUGCUCCUGUCGCUGGACGCCGAGCCGAUCAGGCUCAACUGCAAGGGCAACAUUGAGUACACGACGGAGUCGAACAUCGACGACACGCUGCGCAGCAUCCUCAACAUGCUCGUCAUCGUGAUCUGCAUCACGUCGUUCGCGCUGUGCACGCGAGCUGUGUACAGGGCGCAAUUGCUGCGCGUGGCCACCGUGCAGUUCUUCCGCACGCACUUCGGCACAGAGCUGAGCUGGGAGGGGCGCAUGGAGUUCCUCAACAUGUGGUACAUCAUGAUCAUCUGCAACGACGUGCUGCUGAUCAUCGGCUCGGCGCUCAAAGAGCAGAUUCAGCGGCGACACUUCGUUGCCGACGAGUGGAACACGUGUUCAGUGCUUCUGGGCAUCGGCAAUCUGCUCGUGUGGUUUGGCGUGCUGCGCUACUUGGGCUUCUUCAAGACCUACAAUGUGGUGAUACUGACGCUUAAGAGGGCGGCGCCCAAGAUCUCACGUUUCCUGCUCUGCGCCCUGCUGAUCUAUGCGGGAUUCACGUUCUGCGGCUGGCUGAUUUUGGGUCCCUAUCACCUCAAGUUCCGCUCGCUGGCCAUCACGUCGGAGUGUCUCUUCUCGCUGAUCAACGGCGAUGACAUGUUUGCCACGUUCACCACGAUGUCGGGCAAAUCGAAUAUGCUGUGGUGGUUCAGUCGCAUCUACUUAUAUUCCUUCAUCAGUCUCUACAUUUACGUGGUGCUGUCGCUCUUCAUUUCCGUCAUCAUGGAUGCAUACGACACGAUCAAGAAGUACUACAAAGAGGGUUUUCCCGUGAGUGAUCUCAAGAUGUUUGUCGGCACGGUGAAUCCGGAGGAGUACAUUGCGGCUGGUGUGACUGAGGAGGACUCUGAGGAGUCCUUCCUGGACGUUGUGUACAGAUUCUUCAAGUGGAGACGACGCAAUGCAGCGUCUGACGGACCAACGGGCUACACAAGCCUCCAUCCGAAGCCCUAACACUUCUUUUGCUGCUAAAAACAUUUAUUUAUCCAAAUUAUCGUCAUUACAGUAUUUCCUAUUCUAAUUUAUCAAUCUUCCCUCUUGUACAACUUCUCCACUCUUCAUCAUCCAUUUUUGUCCUUUAUUUGUACUGUGAUGUUGCUCCUCUGCUGAAUCCAACACUUCUACACUCAGCAGAGAAGCACACUUGCAAUGGUUGAGGGUGAAUUGUAACAAUAAUAUUAAUAAUAACGAAUAGAUAUUGUAAUUUAUAUUUUUCCAUGCUGUUUCGAGAGGGAAGUGAAAAACUGCAUGUGUAAAUAGAUUUAAAAAAAAAUAAUGCGCAUUACAAGGAUAUUAGGAAAAUCACGGAAAAAAUGUAUUUUGUAGUUCGAUGCCUAACAAAUAAAGUGUGUACACAAUUCAUUGUUAA